AUGGAGAAAGAUGAUAGUGAUUCUAGUGUCUGCACGGCGUCGUUUUCGCCUAGCUUCAGUACUUACUCCGGCGAUCGACUCGCCGAGAUCGCGGAACGUGUUGGUCGGAAAUUCGCCGACGAGGAGAAUGGAGACGAGGAAUUCGAGUUUGCGACGGCGUCUCCUUCCGGCGACGUAUUCCCUGUUUUUGAUCAGAAUCUAAUCUCCGAAUCCUCCGCCGUUGAACCUGACGUCAAUUCACCGGAAGCGGUUGUGACUCCGUUAAAAGAUCUGUUCCUCCGCGAACGCAACGAUCAGCCGCCGUCGCCGCCACCGCAACAGACGUAUUCGUCGUCGUCGGACGAGGAGGAUGAUGAAGAGGAAGACGAGUUCGACUCGAUCCCGAGCGAGAUCUACUGUCCAUGGACGCCGGCGAGAUCCACGGCGGAGAUGUCACCGAGCGGGGGUUGCAGGAAAAGCAAAUCCACGGGAUCGUCUUCGACAUCGUCGUGGUCAACGAAACGAUGGCGGAUCAGAGAUCUACUCAAGAGAAGUCACAGCGACGGGAAACAAUCACUGAAAUUCCUGAAUUCGAGCUCAAUUAACAACAACAGCAGAGACGAAUCUUCUUCUCCGAAGACGACGGUGAAGAAGAAGGAGAAGGAGAAAGUUUCAGCUCACGAGAAGUUUUACUUGAGGAACAAAGCGAUGAAGGAAGAAGACAAGAGAAAAUCGUAUCUGCCGUAUAAGCAAGAUCUCGUCGGACUUUUCGCAAACAUUAACCGUUACGGAAAAACUUUUCCUCCGUUCUGA